UGGCGCCCGAGGCUGCUGCCAGGUUCCAAGAUGGCGGCACGGGCCCGCGCCCGCGCUCCUCGCCUCUCCUCGCCUCUCCUCCCCCAGCCUUCCUCCGGCUGGGAGCGCGACUCGCGUCACGGUGCGCCCGUUGCCCUUCGGCUUGGGUAGUGGUCCCGGCCGCCAGCCGCCGCCUGCCCCGCGCCAUGCGGCUUCUUGGCUGGUGGCAGUUACUGCUGUGGGCGCUGGGGCUUCUUGCCCGCGGUGUGGAGGUUGCAGAAGAACACGGUCACUUAUGGUCUGAGGAGCAGCCUGCUCACACUCCCCAUGUGGGGGCCGUGUACCUGAGUGAGGAGGAGCCCCCACAUGACCUGAUGGGCCAGGACGUGGCCACAGAAGAGGCUGAUGUGGUGCUGGACACCCACGGCGAUCGCAUGGUGAUGCUUUCUGUGAUUCCUGGGGAGGCUGAGGAUAAGCUGAGCUCAGAGCCCAGCGGUGGCACUUGUGGUGCUGGAGGAGGGGAGGACUCGAGGUGCAACCUCCGAGAAAGCCUCUACUCUCUGGACAGUGCUGGAGCUCACUUCCCUGACAGAGAAGAGGAGUAUUACACAGAGCCUGAAGUGGCAGAAUCUGACCCAGCCCCGACAGAGGACUCUAACAACACUGAAAGUCUGAAAUCCCCAAAGGUGAACUGUGAGGAGAGAAAUGUGACGGGAUUAGAAAAUUUCACUCUGAAAAUUUUAAAUAUGUCACAGGACCUUAUGGACUUUCUAAACCCAAACGGUAGUGACUGUACUCUAGUCCUGUUUUAUACUCCCUGGUGCCGAUUUUCUGCCAGUUUGGCCCCUCAUUUUAAUUCUCUGCCCCGGGCAUUUCCAGCUCUUCAUUUUUUGGCUCUGGAUGCAUCUCAGCACAGCAGCCUUUCCACCAGAUUUGGCACCGUAGCUGUUCCUAACAUUUUGUUAUUUCAAGGAGCAAAACCAAUGGCUAGAUUUAAUCAUACAGAUCGAACAUUGGAAACGCUGAAAAUCUUCAUUUUUAAUCAGACAGGUAUAGAAGCCAAGAAAAAUGUGAUGGUAACUCAAGCUGACCAAAUAGGUCCUCUUCCCAGCACUUUGAUAAAAAGUGUGGACUGGUUGCUUGUAUUUUCCUUAUUCUUUUUAAUUAGUUUUAUUAUGUAUGCUACCAUUCGAACUGAGAGUAUUCGGUGGCUAAUUCCAGGACAAGAGCAGGAACAUGUGGAGUAAUGAUGGACUCAAAGGAGAAGUUGGAAAGAGGAAUUUUAACCCUUCAUUUUGGAAAUUAGUGCUACAGUUUCAUUUUCUCUAGUGAAGUAUUGACUUGGCAACUUCACUUAGGUUAAAGAAAUCAUGCAUUUGUUGAACUACUGAAUGUGUAAAAAAUUAUAAACUGGUGUUUUAACUAGUAUUGAUUACAAUAAGCAAGUGUAAAAAAACCUUCAGUAGA